AUGAUUAUCGAGUUUUGUAAUCGCGCUAAAAGCCUCAAGUUCUACCAUGAUAUAUUGACACCUCGGCUCCUUGACGCUAUUGAACAAUUUGCUAGGCUUCCAGUGGGAACGUUAAGACAACUCCACGAAGAGUCGAGUGAGGUGGCACACUUCCUCUUUUAUCAUCCCCAGUGGUACAAGGACAUAAGGAGGAGGCGAGCUGCGUAUGCUGGCCACACUGACGUUGGGACAAUCACCUAUCUGUAUGCGAAUCCAGUGGCCAGCCUGCAAGUAUACAGUUCUCAAGGGUGGAAGUAUGUGGCCUAUAUUCCAAAUUCGAUUGUCAUUAAUAUGGGGGAUGCCAUGGAAUUUAUUACACAGGGGCGAAUAAAUGCGACACUCCAUCGAGUUGUUAAGCCGUUACCUAGCCAGGACAAGGAUGUAAGGACUGCACUGGUUUACUUUGUGCACCCUAAUCAAUCUUGCAUGUCUUCGUCUGUACGGCAUUUUCGGGAGCUUAGGGCAAGAUACACUUCUUCGACCAAAGAGUCUCCUGGGAGCUCGAUCAAUGGUGCGGGAUUGAAUCGAGUAAUAUCAUCAUUGUCGGCCGCCAAAGAGGAUAUCUACUUUAUGCCGGUUAAUUCGCAGGCAUGGGAGAAAUCCAAAAGAGUUGUGCGAAAGCCCGUGACAUGA